AUGGCCCCCGAAAUCCGCUUCAACGCCCUCGGCAUCCCCUACCUCGUCGAGUUCGCGAACGUCGCCUUCCGCUCGCGCUCCCGGUCCAGCUCCCGGUCGUCGAUGCGUACCCUCACAUUACGGAGAGACGCCUCGGAGUCGCGUCCCUCCCUGAACCUCCGGCCCACGCCUAGCCGGAGCACCCUUGCCUCGGACUGGACGCUCGCCGCGACUGCGUCCUCCGAGACCCUCGCCGGGCCCGGCGCGGAGGCGGAGUGCCCCGAGGACCACGGGUUGUACAUUCGCUUCGCGUCGCAGCUCGCGCAGCCCCCGUGCAGGCUCUCCGAGAGCCGCCUCGCACGGCUCAAGUACCGCAUCGCGAAGGCCGUGCUCGCGGCGGGCAUGGACAGCUCCCCGGGCGCGGAGCACGGGGACCCGAUGGACGCGGCGGGGCGUGGGCGCAUGUCGAUCAGCAGUAUCCGCUCGGAGAACGUCGAGCGCGACGGUGUACCGGGCUCGCUGUUCCGCGGGACGUAUGGGCAGGUCAUGACUGCCUUGCGUGCGGCGGGCCUCGCGACGGUGCCGUGCAAGGAGUCGGGCGUGCAGGACGCCACGCGUUUGGGCGCGCUCUUUGUGGCCCACCCCAAUGAACGGGGCGGUGUCGACUUCACGAAACUCACCCUAUGGGCGUGA